AUGUUUGCACUCAGAAAGGCAGUUGGAUCUGCCGGGCGUUUUCCUGCAGCUGCUGGUCGGAGAAUAUCCCCAUACUCGACUGCGCACCCAGAGAAGCACGGCGAGCACGGAGACCAUGGCGAUCACGGACAUCACCAUGAAGGACCAAAGGCGGAGUCGUUAGGAACCCAAUUCUAUGUCGUUCUCGCCAUUGUCCCGCUAUCCCUAGGCAUCUACGCCGCAUCAAGACCAUCAGCAAACGGCCAACAAACAGGAUUCUCCAACUUCAUCGGCAACUACUACAACGAUUACAAGGAGAGAUGGACAGCACGGAAUGGUUUGCACACAGCUGCAUUGGAGAGAGCUGCGUUCGACAGAAACUUGUUUCAGAGUACUCCAGGGUCCAAGCAUGUUGAACUGAGGUUCCCAGAAGUCUUCAAUACCGGAUCUCCUUUCAACGUAUCGGCUGGUCAGGGCCCGAGGAAUAUGGAUCAAUUGGUGGCGCAUUAUGAGAAGCAGAAUGCGGAUGCGGAGGAGAAGAAGUCCAAGGCUUUAGAAAGCAAGGAAUAG